AUGGACAGAGUGUGCUUGAGCACAGGGGAUGAAGCAUUUCUGAGUCCCCUGAAUAUGCUUAUUGGUGGUACAGUGGUGGUGCUGGUGUUCAUGGGGUUUGUGUGGGUUUCGCACAACAAGGAUAUACUCCGCAGGCUGAAGAAGCAGUACCCAACCACAUUUGUAGUGGUCAUCAUGCUGUCUAGCUACUUCUUGAUCUCCUAUCUGGGAGAUGUCAUGGUGUUCAUGUUUGGGAUCACGCUUCCUCUCCUCUUGAUGUUUGUCCAUGCUUCUCUGAGGCUCCGGAACAUAAAGAACAAGCUGGAGAACAAGAUAGAAGGAAUAGGCUUGAAGAAGACCCCGAUGGGCAUCAUACUGGAUGCUCUAGAACAGCAAGAGGACAGCAUCAACAAACUGGCUGACUACAUAUCUAAAGUGAAAGAGUAAGCAGCUGCAAUAUGGCAUUUGUACCUGUUGCAAGAGUGUAGUUGCUAUUUACUAUUGUUCAAGCUUGCUUUCAGUUUGUGUACAAACCAGGAAAUGCACGUGAUACAGAUUAAUAGUUGCAGGAUACAGGUAUUCCAAGGUCUUCAGGGCUCCUCUGAAAACAUAAGAGCAGCAACUUUUUUCUAUUGUAUAGCAAAAUGUUCUGGUGUUUACACAAAUACAUACUAACUUAAAUG